GGGGCAUGCUCAGUGUAUCCAUACACCCUGCUGGGAUCACGUUUAGUGUAACACUGUGUGCUCUAACAACUGACUUUCCCAUCUCCAUACAAAAGAUCAACACAAGGCGUGUGAGAGAUCCCCAAGACGGUGAAUUAUCGAACUCUAAAAUGUUUAUCCACUAACUUUAAUCCAAGCUUGGGGUUCUACUUUCGAUACUUUUUUUUUUUUUUUAAAGUCAUUCAAAUUUUCCUGAGAACCGCUAUCGUUAAAACACGCUCAUCCCUGUUUACUAUACCGAUUUUACGAUUAUUUUUUGUAGUUUUUAAAUGCGUCCCCGUUGGUUAAAACUUGUGGGUGUGCUGGCUGUUCUGGUGCUGUCUGCUGUGUUUUAUGGUCAAUACUACACAUCGCUGGUACCUGGAAGCAGGUAAGGACAAGCUAUGAAAUUGCUGCCCCCUGGUUAAGGUGGUAAAAUAGAAUUCUAUAACUGGAGGGUGAUUCACACGUAUCCCCUGUUUUUGCGUGCUUUUUACCCCUUCUCCCACCGUGCUGAGGCUUAGAAUCUUGCUGUUACAUUGUUGUUUCUCCUAAUGAUCUUUGUUUACCUUUCCGAACGUUCCAUCCCCUCAUUUUUUUAUGUAAGGGUCGGCGACCAAAACCUUAUACAGUGCUUCAUGUCCUUCAAUGACCCUUACGAAAUGACACUCCUUGCAAUAUUGAAAAUUAUUGUUGUUGUUUUAAAGUACUAAUUGCUGCUGCAAAUUCCCUGUGGGAUUUUCAUGUUUGCAUGGCAUAAAUCCUUUUCUAUAUAACAGGUAAUUAAUUAUUCGUGUACUGUAUCAUUCCAAAUGACUUUCUCGGGGCUAUGCAUAAAGAGUAAUAUUGGGACAAAUGGAGUAAUCAGACGAGACCUACCAAUCUGCUGGCUUCCAUGGUAACUGCUCAACUUUUACAACUUUGCCCCAUUAUUGCUCAUUAUACCCAACUCUCUUUAUAAAUAGCUUUUUUUUUUUACAGUUCUGUAUAAAUAUUUGUGAAUAUGGAAUCUGGAAAACAAGUCAUAGCUAUUUUAAAUUGUAUUUUUGCUUUGAAGUUUUUUGUUUGACUUGCAAAUAAUCAGCAUCAUUUUAUAAAACAAAAUGAAUUUAGUUAUACCUCUUUUAGAUUAGAUUAGACUUUUGGGGGGAAUAGAUUGUACUGCAUUAUCAAAGUGAAGCAUAUGCUCUGUGAUUGUAUCUUUAUAAAACGUAGUGUAUCUAUUAUAUCCAUGUGUUUGCUGGAUUACUGCCUUUUCUAUAUUAGGGAAAUAAAAGGGGCACUUAGAGAGCAACAGUCAUUUUUAAGUAAUAGGAUUUUUGAGUCCACUACACAAUAUUCUUUGUGCUAUUUAUUCAUUUGGUUCAUUGUUUCUAUAUCUAUAAAUAUCUGUCUAUAUAUAUCCAUAUAUAAAAAAUAAAGUUUUAGUCACAAAUAUGACAUUUAAAGUCACUCAAAUUACUAUUUUCAUAAUUCUUUAGUACAGUGAAACUUACAGCGGGUUAUAACUUUUUGAUAAUUUGUGUUUGUGUGCUUGUUUGUUGUUUUUUGCUUUCUUCCUUCUUCUGAGUUUAAUCCAAUGUUCUUAAUGAAUCGCUUUACCUUAGUCACUAAAGGAAUUAUUAACCAGAUUCAACAUAUAUUUAAAAGUGCAUAAGUACAAAAAAUUUAAAAAAAUAAACAGUUGACUUUCUAGUUUAUUAAUUUGUCUUGUGAGUUUGCCAACACUGGAUCCCCAGUUUCCUUUAUCAUGACAUGAGCUGGACUCCUUUGAUUUCCCACUGAACUCAAAGUGGAAUCAAUUCUGACAAAACUCAGGAAAAAUUCAUUAUUUAUUAUGUUAUUUAUAUAUAGCGCCAACAAAUUCCGCAACGCUUUACAGUGGAUGGACGAACAAACAUGUAGUUGUAAACAGACAAGUUGGACACAUAGGAACAGAGGGGUUGUGGGCCCUGCUCAAUGAGCUUACAUGCUAGAGGGAGUGGGGUAAAGUGACACAAAAGGUAUUAGACUAAUGACAGUUACAAGAGAGGUAUCAGUCUGGAGCUAUUGAUAGUUUAAUUGAUGCACUUUUAUUCAGAAGUGGGUUUUUAAUGAUUUGUUGAAGGAGUGGAGACUGGGUGAGCAUCUAACGGAGGAGGGAAAUGAGUUCCACAGGAACGGUGCAGCCCUCGAGAAGUCUUGAAGGCAAGCAUCAGAGGUGGGAGUAGGGACAGACUAAAGAUGUAAGUCUUCAGCAGAGCGUAAGGCCCUAGACGGGACAUACUUGUGUAUUAGGGAAGAUAGAUAGGUGGUAGCAGCAUUAUGUAGAGAUUUGAAAGCAAGAACCAGAAUUUUUAAUUGAGCCCUAUAUCUUACAGGAAGCCAAUGUAGGAAUUGACAGAAGGGUGAGGCAUGGACAGGAACAUGAGCCUCGGCGCCGCAUUCAUUAUGGACUGUAAUGGUGCAAGUUGGAAGCACGUAAGACCACUGAGAAGCAGAUUACAGUAGUCAAGGCGAGAAAGGACCAGCACCUUAGUCACAUCUGGCGUGAAGUAGGGUCGUAUGCGCGCAAUGGUGUUGAGAUGGAAGCGGCAGGAUUUGGCGAUAGACUGAACGUGAGGCGUGAAGGAGAGGUCUCGGAGUCAAAGAGAACACCUAGGCAGCGAGCCUGCGUGGUGGAGCUGAUGGUAGCACCGUUGACUUGGAGGGAGACAGACACAGUAGUAGCAACACUUGAGGGAGGAAAGACCAGAAUUUAAGUUUUGGUCAAGUUGAGUUUAAGGAAGUGGGCAGCCAUCCAGUUUGAAAUAGCAGAGAGGCAGUCAGAGACACUAGUCAAUAGGGACGGGGAGAGAUCAGGAGAGGACAGAUAGAUUUGCGUGUCAUCCGCAUAGAAAUGAUAUUGGAAGCCAAAGGAGCUAAUAAGUUUACCAAGGGAGGCAGUAUAGAUAGAGAAUAGUAGGGGACCAAUGACUGAACCUUGGGGGACACCAACAGAGAGGAGUUUGGGGAGAAGAAGCAGAGCCAGAGAAAAGAGCACUGGGAGAGGUAAGAGGAGCACCAGGAGAGAGCAAUAUCUUGUAGACCGAUAUUGUGGAGGAUGAGUAGAAGCUGUUGAUGAUCAUCAGUGUCAAAAGCCGCAGAAAGGUCAACGAGAAUUAGGAUAGAGUAGUGACCAUGAGAUUUUGCAGCGAGUAGAUCAAUAGAUACUUUGGUCAGUGCCGUUUCCACAGAGUUCUUAGCACUGAAACCAGACUAAAGCAGGUCUAGCAGAGAGUUUGACUCGAGGAAGUCUAUCAAUCUCGCAUACACAACUCUUUCAAGGAUCUUGGACGCAAAAGGCAGUAGCGAGAUAGAGAUCUUGUCAGUGAAGUGAGUUACAAAGUCUGAGGGGGUCAAGUUAGUAGGUGGAGGAAGAACAAUGGGGCGAAGAAGAGAGUUAAAUGUGUGAAAUAGUUGUUUGGGUUCGCAGGAGAGUGUGGUUAUGAGGGUAGUGAAGUAAUUUACUUUUGCAGAGGAAAGAGGGAAGCUGUAUGAGCGCAGCAUAAAUUUAUAGUGGAGAAAGUCAGACGCACAGUGAGACUUUCUCCAACAGCGUUCAGCAGUUCUAGAUUAUCAUUGAUACAGUUUCAGUGUAGCAGAGAAUCAUGGGAAAGAUAAGUCAAUUUGCUACAAAUAUCCAUCCCUGUACGAUCUCAAAAAUAAAUAUUGUCAGUAAAGCCUUGUUUUUAUGGAAUUAGAAUUUGUAAAAACAAAAAAAAAAACAAAACAAAAAAAACUUUAAAAUUUCUUUAGAAAUGGAUAUUAGAUGAAGGAAUGGGCUUGUUAAAGAAACAAAAAAACAACAUAUUAAGACAAAAUAGUUAUUUGUUAAUAUGACGCUGACAUAUCAAGUACCUUAUGUGCUGAGUUUUAUAAGGCAUGCACUCAGAAGCAAUGUUUUUGUCUAUAUACCACAUGUAUUUUGCUUUGUCUGUAGUGUAUGACACAUUUUCUAAGCUUGUUUUGGGUAGGUGUGCCCUGAUACAAAAGCAGUCAGGAUGGGAGCACUGGUCAAAGGAGGAUAGCAUUUGCAUGUUUCAGGAAUUCAUUACAGGAAUGCCAUUGUUUAUUGCCUAUUCUAAAAACAAUUGCACAGCUCAACAUGUAAAUAUUGUCCUAUGUUGUGCUUUCAGCGUAGUGUUUUCUUGGCCUUUGUGUGGGUUAACAUUAAAACAAAUAAGCACAUGUGUAGGUUCAUCAUCAGCCCUCUUAUAGAGCACAGCAUAUUGCUAUAAGGAGAUUUAUCAUGAGCUACCACAUACCUUACAAGUGUCCCUUUUUAAAAGAGACCGACUCUAUUAUGCAUCCAAAUGCCUCGGUCCUUUUCUAUUCCAAUGUUCCUCUUUUGUAUGAGCCCCAUAUUGCUGGUGUGUCUGAGUGUGUAUAAUAUAGAUUUUGUCAAUGCGUUUCACAGUAAUGUAUUUAGAAAUCAAUCUUUGUAAAGAAGAGAUUGCAUAAAUUAUUAGUAAGUCACCUAAAAUUUCUCAGAACAACACCUCUGGCCACACAUCCACAACCCCAAUAAUAAAGUGUGACACUGAUAUAUCAAGUAUCUUACGUGAAGGUGCUGCAUUGUUUUUGUCCUUUUGAAAUGUUGGAAAUGUUGGAGGUAUGCUAUCAUUACUUUAAUUUGAUGGUAUGCAUGAAAGGAUUACUCUAUGCAUUAUAACCACUAGAGCGCACUCUAAAAGCUAUGAUACCAGUAGCAUCCUGGCACCAUUACCAGGUAAUAGGGCAAACCAGUUGGCAAUGUUUUGCCCUCUUAACUGGUUCUCCACAGGGUGCCGAGUUUCCUCUAAGUUGGGUGAUGGCUCUCACCCAAGGAAUGACCUACUUUGCAUUAAAUAUGCUCAGAAUUAAAAGGACACUAUAUUCACCAGACCAACUACAGCUUAGUUGUUCUGGUGAGUAGAAAAUGUCCCUGCAGGCAUUUUACAUGUAAACACUGCCUUUUCAGAGAAAAUUGUGUGUUUGCAUUGCUUUCUAGGGACACCUCCAAUGGCUGUCAGUCAGACGGCCACUAGAGGUUCUUUCUGAGGCAGUGUUGCACGUGCUCUGCAUGGAGACACUGUACUUUCCUCACAGAGUUUCAUACAGAAACACUGCACAUACAUACUGCACACACCAUGACCACUUCAAAACAUUGACGUGGUUAUGGUGAUUCGAAUAAGCCUUUACAUAUGCUAUUUUGUUGAAUUAUAAUAGCUAAAGCCAUUUAAUGUAAAUACUAUUUGAGCUCUUUGUCUUUCUCAUGACCCUCUUAAUGACACCACAUUAAAAAAGUAAUUGAACAAGAGUCACUACCCUUAACACUUGUAACAGAAAAGUGCACACUUCUGAGCUACAUUUUAACACUUAUGUUAUGGAAGGCAUAAAUGCAAGCUCAGUCAUUUUCAAGCACUGUCAUUUUUUUAUUACCAAAAAUAACAGAUUAUAGGUAAAAUACUCACAUUGUACAUUAUUUUGUAACAAAUACAUAAACAUUAAUAAUUUUGUUUGUGUAUUUCCUGAGUGACCAUUGCUACCUGGGGGUGGGCUUUUAAUAGCCUCUUUGGUCAGAAGGACCACUUGUCUGGUCUGUCAGUGCUUAAGAGCAUUUUUAAGAUGCCUGGUGCUUGCGCAUUAGGUCAUGAUUUGUAAACGCUCACUAGUUCUGUACGUUUGUUAGUAGAUAAACUGUGCUUGUAAUCAAAGAGGACAUUGUUGCCUUCCACCAAGCAAUGGUAAGCCAGAAGAUGCAAUUAAAAUGUGUUUCCUUUUAUGUACACUGUUCAGCAACAACAGUAAAGCCACUAACAGGUAAAGUGAAUAACAUUGAUUAUAUUAUAUUAUUAUUGAUUAUAUAGUUACAAUGGCACCUGUCAAGGAGUGGGAUAUAUCAGGCAGCAAGUGAAGAGUUAGUUCCCAAAUUUCAUGUGCUGAAAGCAGGAAGAACGGGCAUACAAAAAUAUCUGAGUGACUUUGACAGGGGCCAAAAAGUGAUGGUGAGAGCAUUCCCAAAACCGCAAGUCUUGUGGAGUGUUCCCAGUAUGCAGUGGUUGGUACCUAUCAAAAGUGGUGCAAGAAAGGACAACCGGUGAACCAGCAUCAGGUUCAUAGGGGCCCAAGGCUUAUUGAUGCAUGUGCCCAAGGGUCUGGUCUGAUCACGCAGAAGAGCUACUGUAGCUCAAAUUGCUGAAAACCAUAGUGCUGGCUAUGAUAGAAAGGUGUCAGAACACACAGUGCAUUACAGUUUUCUGCGUAUGGGGCUGCAUAGCUGCUGACCAGUCAGAGUGCCCAUGAUAACCUCUCUCCACCGCCUACAGCUACUUCAAUGGGGAUGUGUCAGAACUGGACUAUAGACCAAUGGAAGAAGGUUGCCUGAUCUGACGAAUCACAUCUUUUUUUAGAUAAGGUGGAUGGCCAUGUACGUGUGCAUUGUUUCCAUGGGGAAAUGAUGGAAGAGGCAGUGUUGUGUUUUGGGCAAUGGCCUGCUGGGAAACCUUGGAUCCUGGCAUUUAUGUGGAUAUUACUUUUACAAAUACCACCUAAGUAGAGAUUGUUGCAGACUAUGUACAUCAUACCAUCAUGGCAAUGGUGUUCCCUGAUGCGCGUGAUCUCUUUUUUAGCAGGAUAAUGCACCAUGCUACACUGCAAAAAUAGUUCAGGAAUUGUUUGAGGAACAUGGCAAAGACUUCAAGUGUUGCAUUGGCCUCCAAAUUCCCAAAAUAUCAAUCCGACUGAACAUCUGUGGGGCAUGCUGGAAGGACAAGUUAUAUCCAUGGAGGCCCCAACAUGGAGGCCCCAACUCACAACUUGUAGGACUUAAAGGGACACUAUAUGCAUCAAUCCAAGUUUAGCAUAAUGAAACAGCAUUUGGAUGAAUACUUGCAAAAACAUAAUAUUCAGAGAUCUCAUUUUUAAUUUGUUGGGUAAUAGCUUCUUGAUCCAAGGAGAGAUCUGACUGCCAUUACGGGCUCAAGAAGGAAUUAAUUUAUUCCUAGUUAGUUGCAAAAUUGGAAGUGCUUCAAACUGUUGUUUUUUUUACAUAACACCUACCCUUGGUCAGGGACAGGGAAAUAGCUCUGGGGAAAAAGGAGUAUAAACACAAAAACUAAUAGUGUAAAAUCGUAGGGUGCUUGAACAUACAAUUAAUGUGCAAUGGUCCAACUCACAUGGAAAUGAGCCUUCCAGGACAGGCUCAGAUCAUAUAUGCAGGAGUGUAUUUGGUAACACAAUCCCCUCUUCUGUCUGCUCAAAUGACAUAUGUGGAAUAAAAACUUGUGAGAAACCAGUAGAUCCCUUGGUGGAGUAUGUUUGUACCAAAGUGCGGCAGAUUAUAAACAAACAAGUAUUACUCACCUUAAUAAAGAUUGGCCUAUUUUUAAAAAUGGAAAUGUUCUAAAUAAGAUACUCCCCGACAGGAGGUUACCAAAACUAAGAGACAACCUAAUACAAAAUCAUAUUAGGACAAGGAAAACCGACAGAGAUUUUUUUAAAGAAUCAAAGGGAAUUUAUGGUUGUGGUAUGGGUGGGGCAUGCAAAAGACACAUAACAAGGUUUAAUAAUCCACAAAAUAAACAGGAGAAGUUUUCGAUAAAACAACUUAUCACCUCUAACUUAUCACCUUAUUGUAUGCUCCUGUGCCUUAGGAUAUAUACUGCAGGAACACAUUAAAAAUAUAAAGAAUGGUUUGGGAAACACAGCCUUUCAUCCCAUUGGAAAACAGAUGUGAGAAAGACUAAACCUGAUGGACUCAUGUCUCAUUUCGGUCGGUAUGUGCAUGGGCGAAAAAUUUGGUUAGUUUCGGAAAGUCGGGUAAGUAAAAAAAUGUGUCUGCUUCGGCAGUUCGGACCAAUGGCAUUCGGUUUGGCACUUAGGAACUUCCGAAUCUUAACACUAGUCCUGGUGGAGGAACUAGUAAUGGUACUACCAGCAGCAACAUGACGGCUACCAGUUUCCUCAGUCACUUUGCUUGAGGGGAGAAUGUGAGGAGGACAUGGACGAUCCAUUAUGGUUUCUUUUGUUUUAUUACAUUUUUAUGUAAAUUAAAUCACAGAAAACUAAAAAACACAAAAUUAAUCACUGUAGCAAAAUCACAGUGUAGCAGAGAGACACCCUGGCAAUCAGGCUACCUUGCAACAGCUAAAAAACACAAAAUUAAUCACUGCAGUAAAAUCACAGUGCAGCAAUGAGACACCCUGGCAAUCGGACUACCUGGCUUGCACAGCCACACACUCUCUCACAACCCCCCCCCCCCUUCAAAAAAUGAAACAAGAUGCAGAAGAAGAAAAAAGGCAAAACUCUCACUCUCUCUCCCUGAAACACACACUUAAAAGCAAUGUGGCUCCCCAAGUUUGCAACAAGUAAAGUACAAUAAAUGUAAUGUACUUUAUCUCUCUCAGUCUCUUCUCUUGUGCUAUCACAUCUAGUCAGGUCACAUGAAUGCAAGCCAACACCCUGACAGCCUGAUUUAUAUACUAUCUAACCUCAGUGACUCUGUAUGCCUUCAUUGGCCAAGUGUCAGUGAAAAAAAAUCACCAUUAAUUGGCUGUCCUCUAACAUCAAUCACAAAAGCUUGCUCAUUUCAUUGGACAGGGAAUAGUGAAACCAGAUUUGGCAAGCAAUCAUUACAUUGCACAAAAGGAAUUAACUUAUUGGUCAAGAUUCCUGUCAUCAUUCACGUCAUUUUCCCUCUCCCUCUCUUGUUUUGCCACUUUUCAGAAAUCCGAAUCACUUCGGCAUUUCAGAACUUCGGCACUUCCAAACUACCGAACUUCGUCACUAUGGAACUUCGGUGCUUCGGAACCUCAGCACUUCGGACAUUCAUAAGCAUCCGAAUGUCCGAAUGGCAUGAAAUUCGUACAAAUGUAUAUUUGGAACGAAACUAAUUGCACGUGUCUACUUUUCAGCUAUGUAACUGUGUACAGAUCAUGUCACUUGCAGUCUCGUUUCUCAAUUCUAUGCCAUUUAGGAGUUAAAUAACUUUGUUUACGCAGCCCUAGUCACCACACCUGCCUGCAUGCGGCUUGCAUACCCUUCCUAAACACUUCCUGUAAAGAGACAUCUAAAGCUUAAACUUCCUUUAUUGCAUAUUCUGUUUAAUUAAAUUUUUUUAAUCUCCUGCUUUGUUAAUAACCUGCCACUGCCUGCAGGAACCUGUGUGUGAUUAAAGAUCACUUCACUGAGCAGGAGCUAAAAAUGUCUAAAGUAACUUUACAUCUGCUUGAAAAUGAAACAAUUUUUUUUCAUGCAGGCUGCUGUGUGAGUCACAGUCAGGGGUGGUGUGGCUAGGACUGCAUAAAUGCAAACAAAUGUUAUUGAAGUGAGACUGCAGGGACAUGAUCCAUACACAAAAACUGCUUCAUUAAGCGGAAGUUGUUUUGAUGCCUGUAGUAUCAUUUUAAAGGAUAUGUUGCUAAUGUCUUGGUGCCAAAUGCUGAAGUCUUGUGGAGUCCAUGCCUUAACGCAUCAGAGCUCUUUUCACAGCACUUGGGGGACCUAAACCAUAUUAGGUGGGUGGUUUUAAUUUUGUUUUAUACAGGCCAAUGCUAUAAUAUUAUUAUAUUUUAUUUUAAAUAAUUAAAAAAUAUUACAGGUUUGAAUUUCAUUCAAGCAAUUCCAACAUGACUGCACAUGCAAAUACAGUAGAAUUUGCAUUCAUCAAUUCAUUUUCUGUUGGAAACACAAGCUGAGGGGAAAAUUUAAUUUGGCCAUUUUAUUUAUUUAUUUUUCAAAACUGGACAGCGUCCAGCAUGAUAGUGACCAAGGUGAGUUAUCUUAUACAUAUAUCUCCAAUAUAUCUUUAAAGCUGUGCACAUUUUUAAAUAAUGUUGUUGUUGUUUUAGGUAUCUUUAAACACCAAUAAAUUUAUCUAACAUUGGCCUUAAUUUAAUACACGGUGGGCCAAAAUUCAGAGUAGGUUUUGAGGAGUACAUUUUUUUUUUUUAAUUAGUGAACCAAUUUUAAUGAUAUUAUAUACAAUGAAUGCUUAAUGUAUGGAGAUUUCUUUCACUGGAUACAGAAGAUGACAUCUUUUAAAUGAGCUCCAUUUGCCACCUUGCAAAGUUAGGCUCUUUCGAUUGCAUUGCUCAUAACAUUAGUUCAUGUUUGAGGCUCUAGUGAUCGAAUUUGAAAUUAUCCACUUGCUGAACAAUUGUUUAAGAGGUCCAUUGUGGCUCUGGCUACCUGGGCUAUAGCCCGAUCUUGUUAAAAUCACAUUUCAGCAUGAUUUUUUUCUUUACAGCAAGAUAAUGGACCUGCCAUUUUAAAACAAAAAUUUUGCUAUUUUUACUUGUUGAUCCUUCAUGAAUUUGCCCAUGAUGAGUCUCCCAAGACUUAGUUAUGAUAUGUACCUGCACCAAAAACAUUUAGCUACUAACAACGAAGUUAUUUGCCUGUCAAAUCCUAUUCUGAAUUUUGUUCUACCCGGUAUUUCUGGAUAAGCUUUUAAAAUGAUUUAUUAUUUUUGCAUAAAUGUUUAAAAUAAUUUAAUAAUUAGAUUUUUUUUUUAAUUAUUAUUAUUUUUGAUGUAGAUAGAUUUUUUUUAAUUAUAACAUUUUUUUUAAUAUUCUUUAUUUUUGUCGUGGAUAGAGAUGUGACAACAUGCGCAAGGUACCCCAACGGCAUUCCUCACAUUAAUUUUCAACAAUAAUAGUCCAGAUUGCAAGCACAUUUUUCUUUUCAUUUUGUUAGAAGCAAGUGAACGAAUUAGCUGCUAAAUACUAUGCUAAGUCAUGAAUGUUGUCUAAACUAGUAAAACAUUGUAGUUUGGCAUAGCUUGCAGGCAGGGCUAUAUGAAGAUAGAUGGCGGUAUGUGAUGAGUUAGAGUAGUAGGCUAGGUUCAGUUCGCCGGUACAUACAUUACAUAGUUACAUAGAUGAAAAGAGACUUGCGUCCAUCAAGUUCAGCCUUCCUCACAUUUGUUUUUUGUUGUUGAUCCAAAAGAAGGCAAAAAACCUAGAUUGAAGCACAAUUUUGCAAGAACUAGGAAAAAAAUUGCUUCUUGACCCCAGAAUGGCAGUCAGAUUUAUCCUUGGAUCAAGCAGUUAUUACCCUACAUUGAAAGAUUAUAUCCUAAAGUAGAUGAGCGAUUAGCUGCUAAAUACUAUGCUAAGUCAUGAAUGUUGUCUAAACUAGUAAAACAUUGUAGUUUGGCAUAGCUUGCAUGCAGGACUAUAUGAAGAUAGAUGGGGUAUGUGAUGAGUUAGAGUAGUAGGCUAGGUUCAGUUCGCCGGUACAUACAUUACAUAGUUACAUAGAUGAAAAGAGACUUGCGUCCAUCAAGUUCAGCCUUCCUCACAUUUGUUUUUUGCUGUUGAUCCAAAAGAAGGCAAAAAACCUAGAUUGAAGCACAAUUUUGCAAGAAGUAGGAAACAAAAUCCUUCUUGACCCCAGAAUGGCAGUCAGAUUUAUCCUUGGAUCAAGCAGUUAUUACCCUACAUUGAAAGAUUAUAUCCUUGAAUAUUCUGUUUUUUGCAAGUAUGCAUCUAGUAGCUGUUUGAACAUCUGUAUGGACUCUGAUAAAACCACUUCUUCAGGCAGGGAAUUCCACAUCCUUAUUGUUCUUACAGUAAAAAAAACUUUCCUUUGCCUUAGACGAAAUCUUCUUUCUUUCAGUCUAAAUGCAUGGCCUCGUGUCCUAUGUAAAGUCCGGUUUGUGAAUAGAUUUCCACACAAUGGUUUGUAUUGGCCCCGAAUAUAUUUGUAUAAUGUUAUCAUAAACCCCCUCUCAGGCGACGUUUUUCUAAACUAAGUAGGUUUAAAUUUGUUAACCUUUCUUCAUAGCUGAUAUGUUCCAUUCCUUUUAUUAAUUUUGUAGCCCGCCUCUGCUUUUUUUCUAGUGCCAUAAUAUCCUUCUUUAGAACAGGUUCCCAAAAUUGCACAGUAUAUUCAAUAUGUGGUCUUACCAGUGAUUUAUAAAGAGGCAAAGUGAUAUUCUCGUCCCGAGAAUGAAUGCCCUUUUUCAUGCAUGACAAUACCUUACUGGCCUUGGCCACUGCAGAUUGACAUUGCACAUUGUUGUAUAGUUUAUUGUCUAUAACAAUUCCCAAGUCCUUUUCGUGCGUUGUUAUCCCUAAUUCGCUUCCAUUAAGGGUAUACGUUGCUUGUGUAUUCUUUAACUUUGCAUUUUUCAACAUUAAAUUUCAUCUGCCAUUUGAGUGCCCAGUCCCCUAGUCUGUCUAAAUCCCUCUGCAGCAAAGUAAUAUCUUGCUCACAUUGUAUUUUUUUUACAGAGUUUUGUGUCAUCUGCAAAGGAAUUCUUCCCUUGUGCUUUUGUUUUUUUGAGUUUAUUUCAAAGGACACUAUAUUGUGAUCACUAUUUCCCAAGUGCUCACCUACUUGAAUGUUGGUCAAAAGAUCAACAUUGUUUGUUAAAUCCAGGUCCAGACAAGCUCCAUUCUAGUUGGUGCUUGUACAAGUUGUGACAUGAAGGUGUCAUUUAACAAGUUUAAAAACCUAAUUCCCUUUGCUGAGCUACUAGUCUCUCUGUCCCAAUUUAUGUCCGGGUAAUUAAAAUCUCCAAUAAUUUAAGUGUUACGCAGAUUUGCAGCUUUCUCAAUUUGCUCAAACAGCUUAUGUUCCUCGUCAAUAUUAAAAGACCACUCUAGGCACCCAGACCACUUCAGCUUAAUGAAGUGGUCUGGGUGCCAGGUUCUUCUAGGGUUAACCAAUUUUUUAAUAAACAUAGCAGUUUCAGUACUCUAUGACAUUUUGGUGAUCAUGUCUCAGGUAGUCCCUGAAGCGUUGUGAGUGUCCCUGGUUCUGAGUGGGAUGAAGGGGGUGUUCCAUUGGUGAGUUGGUUUGCUUGGUUUCAGUUGCGUGGAAGGAGUCCUGUGGCAGUCUCGAAGUGGGCAGCAAGGUUGCCGCUUCUUGUAGGUCUUGGACUUCAUGUUUGUUGUCCCCUUGAAUAACUUGCAGCGUUCUGGCCUGGUGCCAUCUGUAGCUUAGUUCGUUCUGUUGUAGGAGUGUGGUAAAAGGCUUGAGCGCCUGCCACCAGGCAAGUAUGCCUCCAGUGAGAUCCCUGGAAGCGCAGGAUGAGAUCCCUGGCACCACGGUCGGUGCUUUAGCCGGUUUCGGGGUUCGGAAGAAGCCGUCCAGGUUGAUGUUUCUAGUUUGUUUCGGUGUUAGCAAGGCCACGAAGAGACAUCUCAAUAAGUGUGGCAUCUCUGUCGUUGGGAUGCUUUCCGGGAUGCAAAACGGCGGUCAUGCGCCUCGUUCUAUCGUUGGAGAUCCUUGACCUCCUGCUGCAGUGCUGUGAUUUGUUUUGUGCAGGCACCUGUCACAGGUGAGGUGUCCAUAAUUUAGGCGCCGGGAUCGAUCUCUGCACCGGAGGCAGGUCGGCCUCUUCACCACCUGAUGAGAAGUCGUCAGACAGCUCGGAGUAGACUUCGUGGUAGUCGGCCAUUUUGGGCCUAGCAGCUUCGCGGGUCUGCCGCAGGAGUUCUGCUAUGUUUGGCCCCUUGUUUGGUUUGUCCGGCCUUAAUUUUUUAGUUUUGCGGACCAUCAUGUCCUCUUGUGCUCAGGUCCUGAUGUGCUGCCAAAUAUCGGUUCUCUCGGUCCCAAUUGGUGAAUUUGGGCUCAAAAAUGCAGGAGCUUGCGUGCCAUGCGACUGCACUGUUCAGUAGCUAGACUCCCAUGAAAUUUUUUAUAUUUAAAUAUUUUUAAACAUAAAUAUCAUUUUAAUAGUUUAUCUAAAAUUAUAAAAUCAUUUAAAAACAUCUUAUCCAAAAAUACUCAAGUACAAAUUUUAUGUGAUUUUUAAUUAUGAAAAUGGGUCACUGGGUUUCUUUACAUUUGACUGAAGUUUACUUAUACAUAGUAACAGGGUAGAUGUAUAGAUAAACUGCAAAUUCCAGCCUCACUUCCAGUGUGGCUCUUAAAUAUCAGCAGUGUUUUAAUACACACACAAAAAAAGAGCCAGCACACACUAACAGGUCCACGAAAAAUAAAUAAAGUUUUCUUCAGGUAAAGGGUGCAGGAUUAAUCCUGGUCUUGCCAAAACCCACCGGAAGUCCACGAAAAGGGUCGAACACUAAAAUAAUGAUUAGCACUUCAGUUUAUUGGACAGCACACAAGGGCAUAAUUUCUACCCACACAAAAGGUCUUUGUCAAGCCAUGACAACAUUUACACCAACACCAGGGUCUUGGUCAGAGUUGAUAAAGAGUCAUGUAUAGGUAGAAAUGUUCCCCUUGUAUGUGCUUUUACCCAAUAAAUUAGCAUGCUGAUCACUGAAUCAUAUACUGAUUCUAUAUGGGCAGUGUAGGGGUUAACCCUGUACAGGGGCAAUUUUAGAAAGAUGCUUAUCAUAAAUAAACACUGUGUUACUUGCAAGCCCUUACUUCUGCAUUUCAUACCUUCUAGCCUUGAGAGAUAUGGUGUUGGCCCACACACCUAUAAACAAACAUGUCACUCUGGUAUUUGAUAUUUCGUUUUUGUAGUCAGGUUACACUUCCAGAUUCUUCACACCUGAGUAAUGAACAUGGACUACAUAGAAAAUUAGCCUUGCUCAAUAAUUUUGUUUUUAGACCUGGGAAACUCCAGAGUGGUUGAGUGAGUGUCCCUCAAAGGACAAUCUGUACAUUUUUUGAAUACAAGAUUGUUUGUUCAAGUUGUCAUUUGUGAAAGUACAUUGAGGAUGAUUUUUUUUAUAUCUCAAAAAGUAAAAAAACAAACACCCUAAUAAAAUAGUGCAAUACUGUACAUAGAAACAUUAAAUGUAGUUAUACCUGCAUUUUAUGGGAGCAAAACUGUUAAACUUGGAAAGUUAAGGACACGUCAAAACAUGUUAAAACAAGUUAAAACAACCGGGGUAUCCCAGUACUCUACGACAUUUUGGUGAUCAUGUCUCAUGUAGUCCCUGAAGCGUUGUGAGUGUCCCUGGUUCUGAGUGGGAUGAAGGGGGUGUUCCAUUGGUGAGUUGGUUUGCUUGGUUUCAGUUGCGUGGAAGGAGUCCUGUGGCAGUCCCGAAGUGGGCAGCAAGGUUGCCGCUUCUUGUAGGUCUUGGACUUCAUGUUUGUUGUCCCCUUGAAUAACUUGCAGCGUUCUGGCCUGGUGCCAUAUGUAGCUUAGUCCGUUCUGUUGUAGGAGUGUGGUAAAAGGCUUGAACGCCUGCCGCCAGGCAAGUGUGCCUCCAGUGAGAUCUGCAAAAAAAGGACAAGGACAGUUGGAAGCGCAGGAUGAGAUCCCUGGCACCACGGUCGGUGCUUUAGCCGGUUUCGGGGUUCGGAAGAAGCCGUCCAGGUUGAUGUUUCUAGCUUGUUUCGGUGUUAGCAAGGCCACGAAGAGACAUCUCAAUAAGUGUGGCAUCUCUGUCGUUGGGAUGCUUUCCGGGAUGCAAAAUGGCGGUCAUGCACCUCGUUCUAUCAUUGGAGAUCCUUGACCUCCUGCUGCAGUGCUGUGAUUUGUUUUGUGCAGGCACCUGUCACGGGUGAGGUGUCCAUAAUUUAGGCGCCGGGAUCAAUCUCUGCACCGGAGGCAGGUCGGCCUCUUCACCACCUGAUGAGAAGUCGUCAGACAGCUCGGAGUAGAUUUCGUGGUAGUCGGCCAUUUUGGGCUUAGCAGCUUCGCGGGUCUGCCGCAGGAGUUCUGCUAUGUUUGGCCCCUUGCUUGGUUUGUCCGGCCUUAAUUUUUUAGUUUUGCGGACCAUCAUGUCCUCUUGUCGUGCUCAGGUCCUGAUGUGCUGCCAAAUAUCGGUUCUCUCGGUCCCAAUUGGUGAAUUUGGGCUCAAAAAUGCAGGAGCUUGCGUGCCAUGCGACUGCACUGUUCAGUAGCUAGACUCCCAUGAAAUUUUUUAUAUUUAAAUAUUUUUAAACAUAAAUAUCAGGAUUAAUCCUGGUCUUGCCAAAACCCACCGGAAGUCCACGAAAAGGGUCGAACACUAAAAUAAUGAUUAGCACUUCAGUUUAUUGGACAGCACACAAGGGCAUAAUUUCUACCCACACAAAAGGUCUUUGUCAAGCCAUGACAACAUUUACACCAACACCAGGGUCUUGGUCAGAGUUGAUAAAGAGUCAUGUAUAGGUAGAAAUGUUCCCCUUGUAUGUGCUUUUACCCAAUAAAUUAGCAUGCUGAUCACUGAAUCAUAUACUGAUUCUAUAUGGGCAGUGUAGGGGUUAACCCUGUACAGGGGCAAUUUUAGAAAGAUGCUUAUCAUAAAUAAACACUGUGUUACUUGCAAGCCCUUACUUCUGCAUUUCAUACCUUCUAGCCUUGAGAGAUAUGGUGUUGGCCCACACACCUAUAAACAAACAUGUCACUCUGGUAUUUGAUAUCUCGUUUUUGUAGUCAGGUUACACUUCCAGAUUCUUCACACCUGAGUAAUGAACAUGGACUACAUAGAAAAUUAGCCUUGCUCAAUAAUUUUGUUUUUAGACCUGGGAAACUCCAGAGUGGUUGAGUGAGUGUCCCUCAAAGGACAAUCUGUACAUUUUUUGAAUACAAGAUUGUUUGCUCAAGUUGUCAUUUGUGAAAGUACAUUGAGGAUGAUUUUAUUUAUAUCUCAAAAAGUAAAAAAAACAAACACCCUAAUAAAAUAGUGCAAUACUGUACAUAGAAACAUAUAAUGUGACGGCAGAUAAGAACCAUUUGGCCCAUCUAGUCUGCCCAAUUUUCGAAAUACUAUUAUUAGCCCCUGGCCUUAUCUUAUAGUUAGGAUAACCUUAUGCCUAUCCCACGUAUGCUUAAACAACUUUACUGUGUUAACCUCAACCACUUCAACUGGAAGGCUAUUCCAUGCAUCCACUACCCUCUGUCAGGAUUACUGUUUGAUCCAGCAUGUAGAACUGUAUAGCACGGAUGACAAAUAAGUAACGUAUUACUGGUCCUUAGAAUGGCCGGAUUUAACGUACAUAGAAUAGUCAAAAAUACUAGCCGAGGUCAGGGAAAACAGAAAGGGAAGCAGCGAUGAGGAAAGUCAGGAUACCAGAAUAUAGAGAAGUAAAUAAACAAAGCCAAAGUCAAAAACCAGGUAGAAAACUAAUAACAGGAACACGCUCUCAGACAACCACAAGGGAAACCACAACAGGGCACUGAGCAGGAUGAGAACUGGGCCUAUAUACCCCUCCUUUGACCCCAAAGUCGGUUACCAGGUUUCAUUUGCAUAAUUGCUGCUCAACAUUAACCCUUCUGUGGAUUAAGUUGCUGCUCGGCACAACUUUUCCUGUGUGGACAGUAAAUGUCAUUAACCACAUUUCUUCAUAUUCAUAUUAAAUGUAAUUUAUAUUAACUCGGUGGUGGAGCAGCUGCUAAAUAUGGCCAAACUUAUUGGCCAGAAAGGCAAGAUUUGAGACUUUCAGAAAUUUAUUUAUUUUCCAAUAAUACAACAAACAUCAACAAAAAAGUAGCCACAAAUAAUGAAUCAGUGAUCUAAAUGCAAAAGAGUAUUAACUUGCAAAUUUACAAAUUUGUUUAUGCUUUACAUUUCUGUUGAUGUAUUUAAUUCCAUGGAUGCCAUGAAGCAAAAAUAAAAAAUGUAUAAGUGAAAUAUUUAAGAAUGUACUUUUAGAUUCAGAGAACUCAUAUGUUCUUAGAUAACGUUCUUUCUAUGUUGUUGCACUCCUGUGGACACCAGAGAAAAGUACUCCAAAAAAGUUCAGCAUAAAUCUAAACACCUCUGCGAAAAUUCAUCCAUAAUUGACUAGAAUCAGGGGUAGGCAACCUUUGGCACUCCAGAUGCUGUGGACUACAUCCACCAUAAUGCUCUUACACCCAUACUGCUGGCAAAGCAUCAUGGGAGGUGUAGUCCAAAACAUCUGGAGUGCCGAAGCUUGCCUAUGCCUGGACUAGAUAGUAUGGCUGCCAGUUAACAUGGCGUGUGUUAGCGCAAAGGUGACAUGACACGUUAUUAACCAUCCCAAGUUGAGUCACUGGUACUUACCCACUUGCUAUUGCACAGCCCCCAUUAUGUAUCACAUUUCAUUGACAAAUCCUGCACCUUCUAUCUCAAAAACAUAGCAUGCAUCAGCCUGUAUUUUUGCCAGACAUUGCUACGGUGCUGGUCCAUGCUUUUAUCCUCUCUUGCCUUAACUACUGCAAUCCGCAUCUUAGUGUUUCCAAAUUUCCCCAUUACAGUCACCUCUCUUAAUUGGUGUAUACUUUACAUAUAGAAACAGAAAGAAAUAGGCGCUCUCUAUAACACAACAAAUAAGUGGGGGCUUAUACAAUAAGAGGAUUCUCAAAACCUCGUGUCACAAAAAAGCAAAAAGAGUAAAGAGUAUACUGCGCCCAGAAUUAUACGCACAUACAGCUGUAGUGAAGAGGGCUGAUUGAAAACCUCAGAAUAAAAAACAGACAAUAAUAGUGCAAUACAAUUUUUGAAAAAAUAUUAAAUUAAUCGCUGUAGGAGAGCCACUCACAUUUAGAGGAGCUAUACAAGAGCUCUGCUUUGUAGCGCAUGGACGGUAUAAUCCCCGUCUAAGGAUAUGAGCUGGUGUAGAUGAUGCUGGUCUUCCAAAUGCAAAUACAGGUGUAGAUGGAAUAUGUAAAAAUAAAGAGCAUAGAGAAACUCUGAUAGUGUGGUAUGUACUGUAAGUUUAAAUAUAAAAAGGUUAUUUACUUACAAUCUUUAGAGCAGAACCAGGUAGCAAUCAGGAUAUAGAACUGGAUACAAAAAAAUUUAUUCUAUAAAAAGUAACUAUUUAUUGUAAAAAACAUAAAAGAUACACUAGUAAAAUAAUAAUAGGGUAAAAAAUGAGUCCCACUUGACGCGUUUCGCCUCUCCAGAGACUUUAUCAAAAGUGUAGCCACACUUUUGAUAAUUUCCAAGAAUUAUAUGUUUAAUAGCCAUUGAGUAAGCAUAAUCGAAUGUGGAUCUGUCCUAAUUGGGAGACCAUGUCUAAAAAUCGAAGAUAUGUCUCUGUCAUCCUGGUUCUCAGGGACAUAUUGUAUAAAAUAAAUAAUUUAUCAAAUGGGGUUCAGCAUGUUCUUUUCUAAAGCAACGUGUGCAUAAAUACAGCUUAUCAUGAUUUGGAUAAAUACAUUUGCUGUUUUUUCUGUGAUACAGAAGAGGAACCUUGCUUGCCUUUUGGAAAAUAAAAAGGUAAGCAAACAGAUAAGCAAUGGGAAGUACAAAUACAGAUAAGGAUGUGUAUUGAUACAUCAACACUGAUAUCUAUAUGCCUAUAAAUAUAUAUAUAUAUGCUUUGCCCUGUCACUGUAUUGUGAAUAGGCAUUGUGGCCGUGUUAAGCCAGGUAAACUGCUAAUUGCAGUUUGUAUAGGAAGCUUUGAAGACUGUUAACAUUAAACUGAUUAUGUGUGCUCAUGGAUAAAACUACUCAUACAAACAUUAUCUUAGGGCCAAUCUCAACUAGGAAUGUUUUGUUUUCACAUGUACUGUGUCUUUAUUGAUGGCUUCUCCCUGCUUUACUCUGUGUAUAUAUUUGCUAAUCCAUUGUGUAGUAACCACAUAGGUUCAGAUAAUCUGCAAAUAACACAUUAAAGACUUUGGUGUUUGGCUUCUCCCCUCCUCCCUCAGCUUAAUUAUUUUUGCCAGUUUCUGUCUCUCUCUCCUCCUUUUUCCACCAUUGUAUAUCUUGCUCUGCUAACCUUCGUCCUCCCAAGAAAGGUUUCAUGUAGUUCAAAGACAGAAGUCUGUCUCUGUUCAUUGCACCAGAGUUCCGAAUGUCACAGUAAUGAUUCCUGCUGUCCCUUCCAGAUCCCUGCCACGUGCAACUACAAUAUUCUGACCAAGUUCAUGUACACUGUCACUUUCUCUACUAUCUUUUUAAAGGAAGCACUGAUAUAAACCCUCAACAGAUUGUGAGUUUUUUUUAUACUUUGCUAAUUUCUAGUGUCAAAUCAGUAUCCUAUGUAGAAAAUGCAAUUCGAUAUUUUUCUCCGUUAGAGAAGCUGGCAACGGAAUUGCUGUUGUGUUGAUCAUUGUCAUGCACAGAGAACUUCUAUUUUUUUUUAAAUUCAUCUACUAUGGAGUAUGUAGUUUGUUUUUGUGUUGUUAAAUAGUACCCACUUUUUGGCCCCUCACCACAUUCCCAGUGAAGUCAGAUGCAUCAUUGGCACACCCAUUUCAGCUCCCCUUUCGAGAAUUAGGUAGUUCUACUCACCCACAUGAUUGCUCUGCUGUGCAAGCAUUGGGUACGUACUGUAGAAGUGUGCUCUGUGCCCUUAAGUGGUUUUGCUACGAGGUCAGCGAUAUCUUAUUUUUAAUCAGCAGUCAUGCUUCUAGAAAGUUAUAGUUUCCCUUUUUUUGUCAAAGCAAAGAUACGAGGGACUACACAAACAGAAUCCAAAUCCAAAGAAUCCGUAUCCCACAGUAUUACCUUGAGAUAAAAUAAUGGGGAACUAAUGUCCUCAUUUUGCAUCCACAUUCCUGUGUGACCUAAAUAUGCACUGUUUGUUUGCACCAUGCAUUUAGUGGCACAAAUAAAAGGCGAUUUAGUUGUGCAGUGUCACAGAUUCUUUCCCAACCAACAAAUGGCCAGUACCAAAAGGUCUGUAGUUAUUCAGUGAACACAGGCAUUGACCACUCAUGUAACGCAAUGGGGAAUAUGCCACUAUACAUGUGGAAAACCAUGAAACGCAGCAAAAGUUACAGGCAACCAGGCACAAGAGUAUUAUUCUUUAAAUGUUAUUUUUUGCAAAUCCAGCAAGAUGAUAUUUCAACUCACAAUGAGCCUUUCUCAAACUUAAAUCAAAACAACCACUCAUGCUUAAAUUCCAAAGCAAAACAUGUGACAUUAAAUAAAACCAACUUAGCUAUUUAACAUAAGUUACCAUGGUUACAUAUAAUUGGAAAGUAAAAUUACAUGUGAUACCAUUAAAGAAACAAUGUAAUAUGAGAUGCAUACAUUUGUAAGCACCUACAGAUUAUGUGAACUGAAAGGUGUGGUAAUGACUUAAUUUUGCGAAUCCUCUAUCUUCCUUCUUUUGUUUAUGCUUACUCAUACUAUAAGUUGAAUGGGAAAUUCACAAAUAGAAAACACUUUAGAAGAAUUUUCUGAGAUUGCAUAUGCUCCUGAGAAAACCUGGAGUCUCACGUGGCGAUGACUUUGUCUUGGACAUCAGUGUUCUUUGGAGGCUUUAUUCUUACGUCCACUGCACGUCUUAUCUAAGCGUUUACUGGGUUGAGGGAUUGAAGCACCGACACGAAAUACAAGCAACUCAGCUAUUCGAUUAAAGUUACCAUGGUUACAUAUAUUUGGAAAGUAAAAUCGCAUAUAAUACCAUUAAAGUAGCAAUGUAAUACGAGAUUCAUACAUUUGUAAGCACCUACAGAUUAUGUGAGCAGAAUUGUCUUGUAAUGGUUCCGUUUUGCGAAUGACCUAUAUUCCUUCUUUCGUUUAAGCUUUGUCAUGCUUACUCAUACCAUAAGUUGGCUGGAAAAUUCACAAAUACAAAAUACUUUAGAAGAAUUUUCUGAGAUUACAUAUGUUCCUGAGAAAACCUGGAGUCUCACGUGGCGAUGACUUUGUCUUGGACAUCAGUGUUCUUUGGAGGCUUUAUUCUUAUGUCCACUGCAUGUCUUAUCUAAGCGUUUACUGGGUUGAGGGAUUGAAGCACCGACACGAAAUACAAGCAACUCAGCUAUUCGAUUAAAGUUACCAUGGUUACAUAUAUAUUCGGAAAGUAAAAUCGCAUAUAAUACCAUUAAAGUAGCAAUGUAAUACGAGAUUCAUACAUUUGUAAGCACCUACAGAUUAUGUGAGCGGAAUUGUCUUGUAAUGGUUCCGUUUUGCGAAUGACCUAUAUUCCUUCUUUCCUUAAGCUUUGUCAUGCUUACUCAUACCAUAAGUUGGCUGGAAAAUUCACAAAUACAAAAUACUUUAGAAGAAUUUUCUGAGAUUGCAUAUGCUCCUGAGAAAACCUGGAGUCUCACGUGGUGAUAACUUUGUCUUGGACACAAGUGUUCUUUAGAAGCUUUAUUCUUACGUCCACUGCACGUCUCAUCUAAACGUUUACAGGGUUGAGGGAGUGAAGCACCGUCACUAAAUACAAGCAACUCAGCUAUUCGAUUAAAGUUACCAUGGUUAAAUAUAUAAUUGGAAUGUAAAAUUGCAUAUAAUACCAUUAAAGUAGCAAUGUAAUAUGAGAUUCAUACAUUUGUAAGCACCUACAGAUUAUGUGAGCUGAAAUGUCUGGUAAUGGUUCAGCAUUGCAAAUGACCUAUAUUCCCUCUUUUGUUUAUGCUUACUCAUGCUUACUCAUACCAUAGGUUGGCUGGAAAAUUCACAAAUAAAAAACACUUUAGAAGAAUUUUCUGAGAUUGCAUAUGCUCCUGAGAAAACCUGAAGUCUAACAUGGCGAUGACUUUGUCUUGGACACAAGUGUUCUUUGGAGGCUUUAUUCUUACGUCCACUGCACGUCUCAUCUAAAUGUUUACUGGGUUGAGGGAGUGAAGAACCAUCACUAAAUACAAGCAACUCAGCUAUUCAAAUAAAGUUACUAGAGUUACAUAUAAUUGGAAAGUAACAUUGCAUAUAAUAUCAUUAAAGAAACAAUGUAAUAUAAGAUUAAUACCAUUGUAAGCAUCUACAGAUUAUGUGAGUUGAAAGGUCUGGUAAUGGUUCAGUUUUGCAGAUGACCUAUCGUCCCUCUUUUGUUUAUGCUUACUUGUGCUUACUCAUACUAUAAGUUGGCUUGAAAAUUCACAAAUAAACACUUUCAAAUAAUUUUCUGAGAUUGCAUAUGCUCCUGAGAAAACCUGGAGUCUCACAUAGCGAUAACUUUGUCUUGGACACAAGUGUUGUUUGGAUGCUUUAUUCUUACAUCCACUGCACGUCUCAUCUAAACGUUUACUGGGUUGAGGGAGUGAAGCACCGUCACUUACUACAAGCAACUCAGCUAUUCGAUUAAAGUUACCAUGGUUAAAUAUAUAAUUGGAAUGUAAAAUUGCAUAUAAUACCAUUAAAGUAGCAAUGCAAUAUGAGAUUAAUACCAUUGUAAGCACCUACAGAUUAUGUGAGCAGAAUUGUCUAGUAUGGUUCAGUUUUGCGAAUGACCUAUCUUCCUUCUUUCAAAUAUGCUUACUCAUGCUUACACAUACCAUAAAUUGGCUUGAAUAUUCACAAAUAAACACUUUCAAAUAAUUUUCUGAGAUUGCAUAUGCUUCUGGGAAAACCUAAAGUCAUCACGAUGUGAUGACUUUGUCUUGGACACAAGUGUUCUUUGGAGGCUUUAUUUAUACGUCCACUGCACGUUUCAUCUAAAUGUUUAUUGGGUUGAAGGCGUGAAGAACCAUCACUAAAUACAAGCAACUCAGCUAUUCAAAUAAAAUUACUAUAGUUACAUAUAAUUGGAAAGUAAAAUCACGUAUAAUACCAUUAAGGUAGCAAUGUAAUACGAGAUUCAUACAUUUGUAACCACCUACAGAUUAUGUGAGCUGAAAUGUCUGGUAAUGGUUCAGUUUUGCGAAUGAGCUAUCUUCCUUCUUUCAUUUAUGCUUAGUUGUGCUUACUCAUAUUACAAGUUGGUUUGAAAAUUCACAAAUAAAAAAACACUUUAGAAGAAUUUUCUACAAUUGAAUAUGCUCCUGAGAAAACCUGGAGUGUCAUGUGGCGAUGACUUUGUCUUAGACACAAGUGUUCUUUGGAGGCUUUAUUCUUGUAGAAUCUGAACAGUUUACGGAGUUAAGAGAGUGAAGAACCAUCUUGGCAUUGUAACCCUUUUAGCUAUAUACUCUCUUCUAUCUACCCACAUAGCAAAAAAAAUCUGACCAAACCCUUCGGUAAAAAAAUGAAGUUAACUAACUUUUACUCACCUUGUUUCUGGUGCCAGGACUACUCUGCUGUAACUGCCUUCACCACCUUUGAAGAUGUCAUGUUUGCUGACAUAUUGCAAGAUCUGCUCCAAUCCAUUGAUUUUCAUAGAGAUGCAAUGGAUUGGAAAUAUGCAUGUGCGGCAACAUGCCACACUCCUCCAAUCAAAUUCUCUGUCAGGACUGUCAAGUAUUACUGCAGGAGGAAGCACUUCAAGAUGACAACUACUAGAGGUGUGUAUUUAAAGGUACACAAUAGGCACCCAGACAACUUCAUCUCAUUGAAGUUGUCUGGGUGCACUGUCUCUGUUCCCCUUAACCCUGCAAUCUGAGAAACUGCAAUUUUCAUAUUGCAGUGCUAAGACUUCUUCUAGUGGCUGUCUACCAGCCACUCAUGAGAGGCACAUCCUGCUGUAUCAGUUUGACUCCAUAAAACAAUGCUGGACCUCCUCAUGCUUCCAGUAGUCUUCUAAAACUCCAUAGGAAAGCAUUAAAUGAACACUAUAGUCACCUGAACAACUUUAGCUUAAUGAAAUAGUUUUGGUGUAUAGAACAUGCCCCUGCAGGCUCACUGCUCAAUCAUCUGCCAUUUAGGAGUUAAAUCGCUUUGUUUAUGAACCCCAGUCACACCUCCCUGCAUGAUACUUGCACAGCCUUCCAUAAACACUUCCUGUAAAGAGAGCCCUAUUUAGGCUUUCUUUAUUGCAAGUUCUGUUUAAUUAAAAUGUUCUUAUUCCCUGCUAUGUUAAUAGCUUGCUAGACCCUGCAAGAGCCUCCUGUAUCUGAUUAAAGUUCAAUUUAGAGAUUGAGAUACAAUUAUUUAAGGUAAAUUACAUCUGUUUGAAAGUGAAACCAAAUUUUCUUUCAUGCAGGCUCUGUCAAUCAUAGCCAGGGGAGGUGUGGCUAGGGCUGCAUAAACAGAAAGUGAUUUAACUCCUAAAUGACAGUGAAUUGAGCAGUGAAAUUGCAAGGGAAUGAUCUAUACACUAAAACUACUUUAUUUAGCUAAAGUAAUUUAGGUGACUAUAGUGUUCCUUUCAGUACUGCUCUACUUUGUUGAAUAUGCUUGCGGCUCUCCAUACAUGCACAUUAAAUCCCCUCAUUGGCUGACGUCGAUGGAGGAGGAGGUUGGCCUAGCUACAAGGGAUAUCAGCACUGGAAUUUGGUAAGUAAAAGAAGGCCUGAAGGGUGGGCGUUGGGGCAGAGGGACACUUUACUGUUAGGAAUAUAUAUUUGUAUUCCUAAUACCAAAACAUUGCAGAUUCUACAAUACUGCACUGUUUUACAUUGCAGGAUUAAAACUACAUGAUCACUGCACCCAGGCUUCUUCAUUAGUAGUCCUUUAAGUUGUAAUUCCCUUAGUAAACACCUCUUAAUAUCUGUUUGUUUUUAGUUAGUCCAGAUAAGAUCAUCUGUAUUUCACAGCAAGAUUAUUUCAUUGUUUUAUAGAUAUGAUAUAAACAGACAUUUUCUUUGUUGCAGUAUUCAUCGAACACGUGAAGGUCCAGACUCCUCCAGCAAUGAUAGGCAGAUGCACUUUUUCGAAAGCCAUAAGGAACAGGAGAGGUGAGGACCUUUAGAAUUUUGUUAUGAGAGGGCCAAUGAAAACACAAUUUCAACAGAAGCCAACAUAAACAAAACAACCUUAAUAGAAACCAAUGAUUAAAUGUCUGUCAGUCAUAAUUCAAUGAUCUUUAAAACAGUUCUACUAUCCAACUAUAUUGUACCACAUGUUGCUUAACCUAUGGCACCUCAACUAUUACCGGGUUUGGUACUCAAACUGUUAUCCAGUACAAUGUGCCACAUUUGCCUUAAGCCUCUGUCAGUCAACAUUUGGUACUCUGUUAUUGGGUUACUUUUAUCAUAGGUUUCUGUGACUGAUAACUGCAUAUUAAAGGAUUACUAUAGGGUCAGGAACACAAACAUGUAUUCCUGACCCUAUAGUGCUAAACCCACCAUAUAGGUGGCCCAACCCCCCCCCCUCCCCCCAUUAGCGCCACUAUAAAAGUAUAAAACUCACCCUAUUUCCAGCUCUGCCCCCUUUGUGAUAUAAUUGAAAUGGCAGAUUUUUAGCUAAUCCAAUGCUUUACCAUAGAGAAAGCAUUGGAUUGUCUAAAAUCGGCACUGGGGCAGGGCCAAAUGCCGUUUUGGCUAAUCAGGAACCUCUUCAUAUAGAUACAUUGACUCAAUGCAUCUCUAUGAGGAAAAUUCAGCAUCUCCAUGCAGAGCGUGGGGAUGCUAAAUGGCAGGGCUGCUUACUGUGCAGCCCUGAGCCAGGAAGCCCCUCCAGUGGCCAUCUAAGGAGUGGCCACUUAAAGUUGUCCCUAGGGGAAAUGUAAACACUGUCUGAUCUCUGAAAAGGCAGUUUUAACUUGAAAAUGCCUGAAGGCAACUAUUACACUUCCCAAGACAACUACAUUAAGCUGUAGUUGUUCUGGUGAAUAUAGUGUCCCUUUAAUCUAGUGUCCCUUGAACUGGGAGAAUCAGAUUCCAAUCCUCGUCAGACAUCCUCACCAAUAAGGAAAACAAUAUAUCUGCCUACCUCAAUUCCUCAUAGGUUGAAAGCUUGUCUGAGCUGAGCCUUCUUCAUCUCUAAACAUCGUAUAUUAGUAAGAAGCUGUGGGAUAUGAUGCUACUAAUCCAAAAGAUUGUGGACAAAAAGAUUUAAGUGACUUCCAAUUAUGGUGCAAAGAGGCAACAAAAACCUUGUUGACUCCUAUUACCUGUGAAGAAUAUAGUCUACACAACAGAAAAAGGACUAUAAGUAAUCUUCCCCACCCAGGCUAAUAAACAUUUAUGAGAUUCUUUAAUUGUACACAUUUUGUACAGAUAUCCUGGAUAAUAUAACCUUAUAUAAGCUAUGACAAAUCCUUACAUUCCUAUCUUUGUUUCUUUGUUUUAGAAACCGUGAUUUAAAGCAGAAGGACAGGGUACCACCUCCUGCAAAGGUAAACAUUGAUUGUGAUAUUGUGAACCAAUGUUUGUAUUACUGCCAAGAUCAAUGGACCCAAAAAGAGAUUCUUCAGCCAUAUCUCCCGAGACUUGUCAAAUAUAAUCAAUUUUAUAAAAGAAAGUUCACACAUUUAGAAAUAAGGUAUAAUAGUUAACAUGACACCCUAACUGAGGGAUCGCUAGGAUUGGCUAUGCUUUCCCUAACUCUUUUGUUAACAGGUUUAUUAACUACAGUGAGAAUUUAAGGUGAAUUGAAGGUGAAUUUAAAAUUUAAAGGUCAAAGCCAAACUGGAAACAUUCUCUUAGGAAGUUAUGUUUUCCAUUUGGCUACUCUGUCCUUAAAUUUGAAAAUUCACUUUGAAUUCUCACUUUUGAAAAAUAUCCAUGUUAAAGGACCACUCUAGGCACCCAGACCACUUCAGCUUAAUGAAGUGGUCUGGGUGCCAGGUCCUUCUAGGGUUAACCCAUUUUCAGAGAAACUGCUAUGUUUAUGAAUGGGUUAAGCCUUCCCCCUGUUUCCUCUAGUGGCUGUCUCAUUGACAGCCACUAGAGGCGCUUGCGUGCUUCUCACUGUGAUUUUCACAGUGAGAGCACGCAAGCGUCCAUAGGAAAGCAUUGUAAAUGCUUUCCUAUGCGACAGGCUGAAUGCGCGCGUGCGCAUUCAGCCCAGGAGGAGGAACGGAGGAGGAGAGGAAGCAGAGAGCUCCCCGCCCAGCGCUGGAAAAAGGUAAGUUUUUAACCCUUUCCUCCUUCCAGAGCCGGGCGGGAGGGGGUUCCUGAGGGUGGGGGCACCCUCAGGGCACUAUAGUGCCAGGAAAACGAGUAUGUUUUCCUGGCACUAUAGUGGUCCUUUAAUGAAAGAGUUAGAGAGAGCAUUGCCAAUCUUAGUGAUGUUCCAGAAAAGACACUCAGUCUUAUUUACAAAAGAGAGAAGUUAAAGUGAAUUUACAAUUCAAGGCCAAAAUAGCCGAACUGGUAAAUGUCUCUGCCAUCUAACUAUGCUUGAAGUUCAACUGUUUCGGCCUAAAAUGUUAAAUUUACUUUGAAUUUACAUUGAAUUCUUACUUUAGUGAAAAACCCUGCAUGCGUCUCACACUGUUUCUGUGUACAUUUACCAUGUGGAUAACAGGUUUAAACAUGAAAAUUUUACCAAUGCAAUUAUUUUGCAAGGUUUUGUUCGAAACCCACCAUAUUAAUUUUGUUGAUUUCAUUAUUAUUUUUCACCCUAUUUCAGGAGGACACCCCUCUUGCUUGUCCCACGUCUCUGCAACUGCUUGCCAGGAAUGACUCUGUGUUUAGUAAAUUGUUCAAGUUUGACAUUCCGUUGCUUCUGUGGGACAGUCACAUGACUGAGAACAACUGGGAUGUCCUCAGCCAAAGACCAGUGCCAUAUGGCUGGAAGGAUCUGCCCCGUAAAGGUAAUCAGAUCUCAUUAUAUCACCUUACCAUACCACAAUGGUGUCAACUGCCAUGGUGGUCCAUACAAUUUCUUCAUACUGAUUCCCAGUAUACAGAAAUGUGUCUGUUUAAAGCCAAUCCUGCAGCUUAGAAAGUUAUUCUGGAUCUAUUUGCUAGUCCUUCUGCACUCUCCCCAGCCUGUUAUUCCCUGUUCUGAGGGUACUGAGAUGGUUACUUGCCCACAGUGAGAGUGAUAAGUGUGAGACUGUGACAUUUGCCGAACGCUGGUUCAUCAGAUCUCUGAAACAAAGGGUAGCCUUAUAUUUGGAAUAGAAACCUCCCACUCUUUAUGGACACACAUUGUCUUGCUCUGUCCUUUGUAUGCUCACAAUGCAAUAAACAUGGGUGCAUAAUUUAACUAAUUCAGGGAUACUGGUGGCAGCACAGUCUUUAGUGCAGAUGUCUGUAAAUUGUCAUGUUACAUUGAUUACGUUACCAGCUAUACUUUACCAGGAGAAAAACAAUGUUUUAAAAUAGUGAACCUCGAUCCCUUAGAUGUUACAGUUUGCUGUCAUGGCAAUUAGGUCUCUAAAGAUCAAAUGGCGGUAAUGAAUGUCCUACUUACUUUGUCUUGUAAGUUCUAUAAAGCCUUGUGUAGGUCCCUCCAUUUUAAAGUAGUAUUAUUUUACGGUAAACUGUGGAGUAAAAUGGUCUAAUUUUUUUUUUUUUAAUAAUUUUUUAUUUAUGGUUCAUUUUGUGUAUUUCAGUGGGUGGGGUGUGGGUUACAGAAGAGAAAGUAGGGGAAGGGUAAUGCACAGUUGUACAGUUUCUUUUCUUUUUACAUUCACACGAUCACCCGUUACAUAUGCGGAGGUAAUAAUAGCUUGUGUUGUACAUAUUCUUUUCUUAAAUUUUUUUUAAAAAAAUAGUAAUGUUCUGUUCAGUUGACCUAGAGAGCUAGGUUCUACAGUUUUCUAGGCUACUCCGAGGGUUUAUUUGUAUAGCCCCGCAUUCGUUGUGGUUGUAUAAACUAAAUAUGUAAGAGAUUGUUAGGCCACGUGUUGUUCUCUCUCUGUCAUGUUGCUCUGUCAUGUAAGGGGAAGAUGCAAACAUUUCCCUUGGUUCUGCAGAGUUGUGGGUCCUAUGGGGCGUCCAUUAUUCCCUGGGGGUGUUGGUGUUAUGGUCAUGCUUUUCCCCGUUUUCGGUAUAUCUUUGUGGUGGUGUUGUCGGUUUCCCGGUAUAUGAGUCUAUUAGCCUUCAGAGUGUCGUUAUCCUGGAGCCUGGUGGUUAGUUGGCACUUGGUGUUUUUUUGUUAUAGGGUUUUGUGUGUUUUGGGUGUGUGUACGUCAGGUGGUUGAGUUCUGAUGCCUGUUCCUGUGCAGGAGCAGGGAGGCGGUGCAGUGGGUAGAGGGUGGGUCGAGAGAUAGGGUUCCAGGGGUGGGGGGGUCCGUGGAUGGGUAGUUGGGGUACUCCACCGCACGGUGCCCCAGCCCAGUGGGUAGGGCAGGGUGAGGUGAUGUUUGGGCUUAAGGGGAGCUAUGUUGGGAAUAUGGUCUUUAGAACUAGUUAAGAAAGUAUUUGGGGUGUGUGCAAGUUGUGUUUGUAUUUACCAGGGUAGGGAGGUGUCUCCUUCUAGCCAUGGGUCCCAGACCUUGUGGAAGUGUUUGGGUGUGUCAUGGAGUUGGGAUGUGAGCUUAUCCAUUUGUAUGUUAUCCUGUAUUUUUUUUGGUGAUGCUCGUUUGUGAUGGUUUGCGGGUAGUUGACCACAGUUCCGCUAUCGCCCGUUUUGUUGCUAUGGCGAUGCGUGCACCGAGUUUGUUUUCUGCUCUGGUUAGGUUCUCUAGUGGUUUUGAGAGUAGGAGGGCCCAUGGGUCCAAUGGGUAUGGCUUGUGUAGAAUUUUUGUCAGUAGCGUGGUGACUCUGAUCCAUAGGGGUUUUAUUUUGGGACAUGUCCACCAGCAGUGGAGGAAUGUCCCUUGUUCUCCACAGAGUCUCCAGCAUGUUCUGGGUGUUGUUUUGUGGAUUAAUGCUAGGCGUUGGGGUGUGAUGUACCAGCGAAAUAGCACCUUGUAUGCUUGUUCCGCAUCUGUUACGCAUAUUGAUAUCGAGGCCGUAGCUUCCCCGAUAUCUACCCAGUCUGUGUUGUCUUCUAGGGGUCCUAGAUCUUUUUCCCAGGCUGCUAUGUAAGUUAGUGUUACUUGGGUGGGGUGGGUUGCCAGGGUCGUGCAUAUUGGGUGGUGUGUGCAUUCUUUCUAAAAUCGGGUGAGUGUGGUUGUACCGGCUUGUUGUAUUAUUGUGGUUGAUGCGAAGCUGCGUAACUGAAUAUAUCGGAAGUGGUCAAAUGUUGUCAGAGUGUCCGCGUCUUUGAUUUCCAAGUAUUUUAUUACCGCGUUGUUUUGGUACAGGUGGUUAAGUCUCACGAUGUCCCUUUGGUCGAAGUGGGCAAAGUGAACAGGGGUAAGCCCUGGUGGGAAUAGUUUGGUCCACCAUAUCGGGGUCAUUGGGGAGAGGAACGUGGACAGUUCAUAUUUGUCCAGCAGUUUAUCCCAAAGGUCCAGGGAAUGUGUGAUGGCUGAGGCGGUUGGGGGUGGUAGGGGGCAGUGUGGUUUUGGGACCCACAUGUAUAGGGAUGGAUGGUCUUUUCCAAAGAUUAUGUGUUUGAGGUCUACCCAUCUUUUGGUUUGUGGUGGGGCGUGCCAGUGUUGGAUCUGGGCUAAUUGCGCUGCUGCGUAGUAAUGUGUGAAGUUCGGUAGCCCUAGGCCUCCGUGUUUUUUGGGGACAUAAAGUAUGGUUCUGCUGACUCGGGGUUUGCGGCCAUUCCAUAUAAAUUUAUCAACCGCUGUUUGUAGGGCUUUGAGAUCUGCUUUGUGGGGUGGGAUGGGCAGCGUCUGAAAGAGGUAUAGCAGUCGGGGGAAUAGGUUCAUUUUUACAGACGCCACCCGACCUAGCCAGGACACUCCCAGUGUCGUCCACCAGUGUCGGCAUGUGCUAUGCGUAGUAACGGGGUGUAGUUCUUCACGUAUAUAGUGGUUAAGUCAGCUGGUAGCUGUAUUCCCAAGUAUGUUAUGGCUGAUGAGCAUAUUCGGAAUGGGUAUCUAUUUUUUAUGCUGGUUAGUUGUGAGUCGGAGAGUUGAAUCGGCAGGAUUUCCGUUUUGCUAAAUUCAGCUUAUAUCCUGCAACAAGUGCGUAUUCAUGUAUGGUAUCUAGGAGGGAUUCUAAUGAUUGGUCUGGGUUGGUUAGUGUCAGGAAAAUAUCGUCCGCAUAGGCAGACACAGUGUAUGGUUCACCUCUGAUAGUUACUCCUUCUAUGUGAGGAUUGGUGCGAACUGCUUGGAGUAGGGGCUCUAAGGAUAGUGCGAAUAUAAGGGGCGAUAGUGGACAGCCUUGUUGUGUGCCAUUCGAUAUUGGGAAUUUAGGUGGGGUGAUAUUGGGAAGGAGGAGGGCUCCUUGGGGGGGAGUGGUAUGUUGCUUGUAGGAAUGCAAGAAAUGUACUCGGGAAGUUCAUAUGGUCUAGCGUGCGGUAGAGAAAGGGCGUUUAGUUCGCGCAAUGUAUUUGGCUGUUUAUGGCUAGUUUCUAGUUUUCGCAGCUCAGUCAGCGUCUUUGUGAUUUGCUGUGUUUUCCUUUUUUGUGGGCUGAAGCUAAGCUAAUGAGGGUGCCUCCGAUAACUGUUUUGUGUGCAGCCCAUAGUGUUGUCGGUGAGGUUGCGGAAGGUGUGUUAGUGUCAAAAUAUUCUUUGAUGGCUUCGGCGACUGUGAGCUUAAUCUGGGUGUCGUGGAGGAGCAGCGGGUUCAGUUUCCAUGACCAUGGUCGUUUUAAGUCACGGAGGCGGAUGAUGAGCGAUAUGUCGGUGUGGUCUGACCACGAGAUGGUGCCUAUGUUGGUGCUAGAUACUUGGGGUAGUAAAUUUGGGGAGAUUAAAAAGUGGUCUGUGCGUGAGUAUGAGGUGUGUGGGUGCGAAUAGAAGGUGUAGUCCAAGGUAGAUGGGUGUUGUGCUCUCCAUAUGUCGACUAGCGUUUGUGUGGUUAAGAAUUGGGCGAAGUAGGUGUCGUUUUGGGAGGGUUGUGGGAAGUCUGCCCCCCGCGAUGAUCUAUCAAUGGCUGGAUCGUGUGCGACAUUGAAGUCUCCACCUAUUAUCAGGCAUUUGCCUGCAUAGGCUUGUAAGUGUGUGGCGUAUUGUUGCCAAAACGUGUCGUUUGGGGUGGUUGGGGCGUAUACUGAGCUUAUGGCAUAUGUAGUUGUGCCUAUUUUCCCGUCUAUUGUGACGUAGCGUCCUUGGGGGUCCAUCGUGCACUUAAUGUCCGUUACAGGGCAUGUGGAUUUCAUUAUAAUUGCGACCCCUUUCGUUUUAGUGUCCGGGGAAUUGGCCAGGUAACUCUGUUUAUAGUAGCGGUUGGUGAGGGGAAACGAUCAUGUGGUUGUGAAGUGAAUUUCUUGCAGGAGUAGUGUGUCUACGUGUUGCCAAUGUGCCCAGCGUAGUAGUCCAUGUCUUUUAAUGGGUGUGUUAAGGUCCUUGGUAUUGAUGGAGAUGCAUUUCAGGGAGAGGGGCAUUGUGAUGGUCGUUAUACUGGGUUGAGUCUGGUGUUAGUUAUAGAGUAUAGCGUGUUGGCGGGUGGGGUGGCAAUUGGGCUGGGGCGCGGGCUGGGGCUCCAUGCCACAGCGAUGGGUUGAAAGGAAGAGGUUAUGGGGUUGGAGUGGUGGUGGGGGGGAAGAGGAAAAGGGUAGGGUAGUAGUUCUAUAUGUGGGGGGCCCUAGAGGGCCGAGCUACUGGUCUUACUCGUUGCCAGUAGGUGGUGGAGUGUUUCAUCUGACCGCUCCUAAGGUGUGAGGGAUUAGAUUAGGAAGUGUGUUGGUAGGUAGUGGCGGGUAGCCGGAGUCGCGUGCAGGCCCUUUGUUUGAGUCAUUGCAAUUCCUCAUGGGGGUGUGUUCUAUUCAUUCUGUGUGCUAGUUGUUGGUGUCUCUGGCAUCGCCCUGCCCCCUCCCGCCACCCCUCCUAGAAGGUAGGCGGGUCCGGAGAGAGCAGGGAGAGGCUUUAUGUGUACGUUGCAUAAGGGUGUAGGGUGUGUGUGAGCACUGUACCCAGAAUUGUCUGUUGGUGGAUGAGUUUGGUUCGCUCCGAUGGGUGAUGGGUCUUAGUUAGUGUGUCUGUCGCCUUGUGUGUCGGUCUUCGUCAUCCCUUGGGGGUUGUGGUGUGUAGCUUCCAAUUGGGUCUCUUGUCCCUAUAUGGGAUAGAUUUAGGUCACAUGUUAAACCAUAAUAAGCAUUAACAUAUCAAAUUGUGUGCCGUUGACUAGCAUUACAAUGUCAAUACUAUUGUGUUCCCAAUGUGUUAUACAUUAUACAUAAAUCGUAAGUAACAUUAACCUAUCAAACUUUGUACCAGCGACCAGCAUUAAAAUGCCAAUUCUAUUGUGUUCCCACUUUGUUUUAUGUUGUACGUAAACAGUAAUACACAUUACCACAUCCGUCUUUGUAUCUUCAAAUAGCAUUAUUAUGUCAGUUCUGUUGUGUUCCCACUGUGUUUUGUGUUAUACCUAGGCAGUAAUAAGCGUUAUCACUUCAAAGUGUGUACCUUCAGGUAGCGUUUAAAUGUCAGUUCUGCUGUGUUCCCACUGUAUUAUACCUUGUACAUAUAUGUUGUGCAUUUGGUGUAUUUGUAUGUUUAUGACUCUCUGGUCGUAUCCCAGGGUCGGGUGAGGGAGCCUCUUUUUUAUUUAUUUUUUUCUUCCCCUCUCUCUGUUUUUUUUCUCUUUUCUGUUUGUUGUUUAAUUUCUCGGGUGCAUAGAGUUUUCCAUGUGUUAUGAGUGAUUUUAAUUUUUUUUCCUUUUUCCCUUCCCUUAUAAGUAAUUUCAAUUAAUUAUUUUUUUUCCUCUGUUUGUUGUUUCAUUUCUCGGGUGCAUGGAGUUUUACCUGGGGUUAGGGGGGCCAAGGGGGUGUUAUGAGUGCUUUUUUUUUUCUUCUUUUUUUUCCCUUUCCCUUUUAAGUAAAUUCAUUUAAUUUUUAUAUAUUUUUUUUUUUUACGCUUGUAUAGAGCGAGGGUUUACGUUUCAGGUUUGCAGUACAUUGUGGUAUUCUGCAGGUAGAGCCUUAGGGUAAUGAUGUCGCUUGUGUGUCCAGGGUAGGGAGUUCGUCCACCUUGUGGAAGCAGGUGCAGUGGGCAUUAAGGGCUCAUUCCUGCCAUGCCUACCCCUGCCUAGGUGGGCACUGUCAGUGCUUUAUCUUAUGGGAUCGAGGGUAUGCCUUGUGUGGUGAGCAUUUCCCUAUCUCGAUUUAUUUAUGGGGUCUGGUUUGCUCUGGACCUCCUGAGGAUGGGGGGAGGUUCUACUCCACCUUUGGUGGUUAUCUCUGGGGGUGGGAGGUUGAGGGGGCUAAUGAUGGACAUGGCUCCCCUUAUGUGUCGAUAUAGAUGUAAGGGGGUUAUGGGUGUUAUGUUUUCAGCGCGUAGCGCGCUUGUAUGUGUAUAUGUGGUAUGUACAUAGGAAUUAAACAUGCAUGCAACAGAAUUACAGGAAUAAAUACAGGUUAGCAUUGUGAGUAACUAUAUCUUAGCUGAUUUUCUGGUGGUGGCAAUGCUGUGCGCUGUCGAGCUGUCGGGUAUGUUAGAGUCUUAGGUGUGCUGUGUGUCAGUGUCCAUGGAGGCGUAAGCGAAUGCAGUCCAUUUCAGGAAAUCGGAGUCGUGAAGUUCUGGGCGUGCAGUGUCGGUCUGCAGGCUGGUGUUGGUUAGUCCCGGUUGGCAGGGUUCGGAUCUCCUGUCUGUGAGUGGCGUCGUUGGUGGUCCGCCUCAGCUCUUCUGGGUGGAGGUGUUCGGGCCGCGUUGGAUGCCUCUCUGUCAUUGGUGUCUGCGUGGGGUAGGCCCAGCCUCUCUGCAAAGCUUCUUGCCUCCGCGAUGUCGUGGAGUGUAUAUAUUUGGUUAUUUCUACGCACCGUGAGUUUAAAAGGGUGCCCCAACGCGUAUCGGUUCAGUCUCCGUGUGAGUUCCUGGCUAAGUGGACACAGCUCUCUUCGCUUUCGCAGGGUGCUGGGGGCCAAGUCCUGGAAGAAAAGGACCUGGUGUCCCUCUAUUUGGAGGGGUGUGUCCCAUGCGGCUCUCAUUAUGGCCUCUUUGAUGUGGUAGUAGUGGAGCCGCACAAUCACAUCUCGUGGCCUUGUCAUUCCAGGAGUGGGGGCCCAUAGUGCCCUGUGGGCGCGAUCCAGUAAAAGCUCGGCUGGAGGUGCUUUCGGGAGCAGACUGCAGAAGGUUUCCCUGAUGGUGGAUGAGAGGGACUCCAUAUCGAUUGUUUCA